CUUCAAUUGUUGCUAGCCAACGUGCAGCCCAAAGAUGCAACUACUAAGAGUUCGGUGCGCGCUCGGCUGACUUAACCAAUGCGCUGUCUGAGUGAAGCGCAGUCCACUCCUGAAUCGCGUUCGGAGGGAGCUCCAGGACACUGGCGCUCUGCUGGCGAACCGCCCCUCCAUAAUCUUCAUCACCUUGGUGGUCUGCCUGACGCUUUGGGCGCUGGCCUGGCAGCAGUCCUGACCGCGUCCAGUGCUGCAGUAACUCGGUCCAAGAACCUGGUUUACAAUGGCCUGGGCAACGGGGUGGCAAUCACGAUCGGGGAAGCUCUCAAGAUGACGGUGUUUGGGUCAGAGCUACUGAGCUCGCACGUCACACAGAUGCCCCAGUGUCCGGACCUCGAGAGGAGUUGGCGGACCCUCAGCCUUGACAUAUUCUCACGGAUCAACACGCAGGUGGUGGUGCAGCUAGAGCUUGAUUUUGCCGGUAUCAUUUGGAAGACGUGGCCGCCGCUCGAGGGCGAGCUGGCCAAGGUGCUGUACGGCAAGGACCUGCUGGCCGAGGGCGUGAGCCGGGAGGGCACCCUGGAGAUGAUGCGGCAGGGCGUCACAGCCAUCGUGGGGCCCUACAAGUGCACCGAGGGCUUUUCAUGCAUGUUCACCGUGAACCCGCUGACGCUGCCGGCUCCAAGCGCCGACUACGACUGGGACUGCGGCAUGCAGCCGUACAAUUGCAGCGAGUGCUUCCAUGCAGCCAACAAAACCAAGUACUGGGGCCAGGUGUCCACUAUGUUCAACGUGGAUGAACUCAUCAGUCGAGACGCCUUCCGCCUGCAGUCGCUUUCGCGCGAUGGCUACUUGUACCGGUUGUGGCAGGAGGAGACCUCGAUCAACAACCUACGUGCGGAGCUCGCGGCCUCGCCGCAGCGGCCCGUGGACCCCAUGCGCAUCGCGAUCAGGGCCUACACCCUGCUGUGGUACUUGGAGGUGGCACCGGCCGCCGGCUGGGCGCCGGCGUGGCGCGGCCCGUGCAUUGCGGCGGUGGUGGUGGGCUCUGUGGCGAUAUCGCUGCUGGUGCUGUGGCUGCUGGUGUCCAAGGAGCAGCACACCCGGCUGCUCAAGGCAAUGCUGCCGGACCAGGUCCUGGCCCAGCUGCAGGACGGCGAGGGCACCGUGGCUGAGGAGUACAAAGACGUCACGGUGCUAUGCAGCGAUAUGGUGGGUCAUGCCACGGCUCCGUCGCAAACGUCCGCCUGUGCGGUGGUGGCGCUGCUCAACGAGCUCUUCAGUAUGUUUGACGACCUCACGCAGCGCCAUGGCGUGUGCAAGAUCGAGACCACUGGAGACGCGCUCAUGUGUGUUGCGGGUUGCCCUGUGCCCGACGACGCGGUCCGCAACGCAGUGCGUGCGGCCAACAUGGCGCUGGACAUGGUGCGGGCAGUGGAGCAGUUCAAGCCGUCGCUGGAGGGCGUGCGCGUGCAGAUCCGCGUGGGCCUGCACUCGGGGCCGGUGGUGGCGGGGGUGGUGGGCAAGAAGAUGCCGCGCUUCUGCCUGCUGGGCGACACCGUUAACACCGCCUCGCGCAUGGAGGCCACCGCCAGUGCGAUGCGUAUCCAGGUUUCUCAAGCGACAGCAGAGCUGCUGCGCGCAAGCGGCGAGGGCUUCACGCUUGAACCGCGCGGUGUAAUGAACCUGAAGGGCAAAGGCGCCAUGGAGACAUACUGGCUGACUCCUGGCCACAGCAUCGGCUCCGGCGCCCGUACUGGCACCGACACCGGCACAGCCUCCUCCUCCAGACCCACAUCGGCACAUGCCUCCGCAGCGACAACUCCCGGCGUGACUCCAUCCUUGUCACAGCGGCUCGCCGGCGCCAGCAUUAGCUCUGUGCGGCCCGCAGGCGGCGACGCGCCUGCAGCAGACCAGCCUCGCAGCACGUACUCGGCGCCCCUGCGCUCAAGUCAGUACACCGCGGUUCGGUUCGGGCGCACUCGACACCAGGACGGCGGCAGCGCGACCGCCAGCGGCACAUCUGUGACCCGGAGUGCUACAUUGUCGGGCACGGCGCGUGCUGCGGCAGCUGAACUGGAGCCUGCCCAGUGCACCGUGGUGCCUGCGGGCAGUGCGGCGGGAGCCGAUGAGGCGCCGCGUGCACUCACAUGCACCCAGGCACAGGUGGGGUCCGGGGGCGCCGGCGAUGAUGCGCGCCCUUUCGUGGUGCGGGUGCUGCAGCCGCCGGCAAUGGCGCUGCAGCCCCAGCAAACGUCCGCGACAGCACUAGGGUCAUUGGCGCCGCCUUCAGCGCCACGACCCGAGCCGGCUCCCGCGGCGUCUGCAGUAUCCACAGCACCGCGGCCAGUGACAGGUGCAAGGCUAACGCAGGGCAAGCCGGGCUCUGUCGAGAUUGUGCUGUCAGAAUGACGCUGCCGGUGGAGCUGUGUCGUAUACCUUUGACAAUGGACCACGCAGCCGCAUACGUGUGACUCGGAAUGAUUUAAAAGCUGGAGUGCUGUAUGACAUUGUGCAAGUACGGCACUGACGCAGCCCCCGUACUACCGCAAGGCAGGUUACGGAGAUGUGGCCAUCCCUGUGAGUGCUUGUAACCUAGUGGACUGUGAUGCUCCUUGGUGUGCGGUAGUAACUGAUGCGGACUAUGGGAACUUUAAAGUCAAUUGCGAUGCACCGUUAAGGGGCGGGGCAUGGAUGCGCCAAUACAGAGACGGGACAGGCAUCAUAAGGCUUGACAGACGGCGGGAAAUGGGCGGUGUGCCUAUGGAACAGAGGGUUGAGGCGAGGCGGGUGGACCGGCUUGCUGGUACUGAUGGGGCGGCGCAAAGGAUGGGGGGUUUGCAACGGUCAGCAGAAUUCGCGGAAUGUGUAAGGACCCCUAGCUGUUCGCUUUCAUACUUUCGGAAAUGUAUCGGAGCGGCAGCGGCCCUGGGCCCAGCAGUUGCGGCGUGCAUGUGCGUAGCGGAGGGGGCGAGCAAGGCCACGUGGAGGAGUGCAGCGCGGCACCGCCCAAGAAGCGGCGCCGGCGCGCAGGUUGAGGCCGGCCGGUGUCUUGUUCGGUUCUUUGCUGGCGAGCAUAGCACCGCGCAGUAUGUGGUAGGCCGCAUGCAGCAGUGAGGAGUGUUGUGGCUAGAGGAUUUCCUGCUGUUUGGUUGAUUGCUGGCUGUACUGUUGCUUGACAGCGGGACGUGGCUGGAUGCAUGGCGGGCCGUGCCUGUACGAACCGACCCCGGCUAUGUCCGGGAGAUGAGGUAGACGCUUGCGGCCUCAGACUAGAUACGUGGCUCAGCCCACUUUUCCCAUGCGAGGGAAGAUAUCUUCGGAACGUAGUACCCUGGCUUGCCAGGCGGUUGGCGCUUGCGGCGUGCUCGUAUCACUGCAUGCACGGCUGUCACUUGUGCCGUCGGGGUCGAAGAUGACGCCUGUAGUUUUUGUGUACAGUGCCCUCCACGGGUGCGACAUGUCCCCACGGUAUUAGGGCCAUCCGUGGCUCUCGCCAACGCCGCGUCCCCACACGCGGAAGCAAUGUGUCGAGCUUGCGCCUAGAACAGACGACCACUCGGUGUAUAGGGGCUCGCGCUGAGACAGGACGACCCCAUCUAGCUCCCCAUCUAGCUCCCUACGUCAACGGACGGCUGGGGAGGCCAGCAUCAACCUGUCCUCCUUACUCUGCACACACACUGAGUCCUAGGUUUGGGUGAGUUUCUGUGUACAUUCCCGUUGGGGCUGUGGCGGCUGCGUGGUUGACGUGCGCAGUCUGCAGCUCCAGCAGGAAGGAGGUCUGUGACGGCUUGUGAUGUCGGCAUGUCGCAUUCAUAUGCGAAGCGAGCG